UUAAAUAAAUAAAAGUAAUAUAUGCUUACUGUUACAACAGUACCAUCGGCUGCUUUUUUUUCGCUUUGUAUCGCUGUAAUAGUGAAAGUUUCUUUCAAAAGGGCUUCUAUGUUGAUUUCUGACAAAUCUUUCACUCGUAGAGGAGGACGUGGUUCGAAUAUUUUUGAUAAAUUUUUUGGUAAUUCACUGUACACAGAUUUGACAAAUUGCAGAAAAUAUUGUAUCUAAAAACAAAAGAAAAUAUUGUUAACGUUGAAACUAAUUUAGAAAUGCAGAGUUACAAAAGAGAAAAAAAUAUCACACUCACUUCUGGAUUAAAUGUCGGCUUAUACUGCUUAUGCAGUUCAAUAAUAAUGCGUAAACAUACUAAAACAUUUUCUUCAUUAUCUGUUUCUAAUAAUUUGGACAUGAGAGUCAAGAUUUGCCUGACAUAUGAACGUAAGUGUUCAUUGCUCGGUAAUCUGUGUAUCAUUUCCAAAAUCAGCUUUCGGACUUGUUGAAUAUUGUACUCCGAUAUGAAAUGUGGCUCUCCUUCUUGCAAUAUCUUCAGGAAAAUCUUCAUCAUAUGUUCGAGAAAUGCCGGAUAUUGUGAUGAACACAUAAUGAUCUGCGUAAAAUAAUUUUUAAAUCCGCAUUAUUUUCCUCAACAAAGAUCAAGUUAAAAUUAAUUAUCGUAGGUAGAUAAACAAAUUUUUAAUGAGACAGUUUGUUUUAGUCACCUCAAAAUUUUCCGACAAUUCUUGGGCUGCCUUCAAUUUUAAUUCGUCCUUUGAAACUGGAUCAGCCAGCAUAGUCACAUAUGAACGAUACGUGUUCAUUUGUGUCAUUGCUUGUGGAUCAGAUGCCAUUUUGAAUGUUUCAAUAGAUCCUCGGCGACAAGAUCUUGAGUGCAUUAAAUUUUCAACUCAGAAUUUACGAUAAAAAAGGUGCAUUAAGAGACAAAAAACAUGGAUGAAGCAACAAUUGAUUCAAUCUUUUCGGGUUCUUUAAAGUCUCUACCACCCGUCAGUUCAAAAAUUGUGCGGAUAUUUACAAGUUCGACUUUUACUGACACAACAAUGGAAAGAAAUACUUUGAUGGCUCAAUGUUAUCCCAAACUUAAGGAUUACUGUAGAGAAAAGCACGGCUUAGAAUUUCAAGUGGUUGAUAUGAGAUGGGGUGUACGCGAUGAAGCCACCGAUGAUCACAUGACUACAGAGCUGUGUAUGAGAGAAAUAGAAAAUUGUCAGAGAUUGUCUAUGGGACCCAAUUUCGUUGUAUUCCUUGGACAAAAAUAUGGAUACCGUCCUAUACCGACUUAUGUUCUUAGUUCGGAGCUAGAGAUGUUGAGGACAGAAUUGGAUGGUCAAGGGAUGGACGUUAGUGUUUUGGACAGGUGGUACAAAAAAGAUAGUAAUGCUGUACCACCUACGAGUAUAUUGCAACCGAUUUCGUCUAUCCUUAAAAAUUUUAACAAUAAAAGAAUACCUAAGUUGCAACAAGAGGAUCAAGCGAUCUGGUGGGAUACCAUGUGCAAAAUGCAAAAAUUGUUCAGAAAAGGCGCGCAAUCCUUAUUUAAUAAUGGAAAAUUUGAUAAGGAUACGAUGCACAACUAUUUCAUGUCUGUGACUGAACGAGAAGUAAUUAAUGGCGUGCUAAAUGUGAAAAAUACAAAAAACCAUUGCCUGGCGUAUGUGCGAUAUAUAAAUAACAUUAAUCUUCAAAAUCUGAGGAAGGCCAACCUGUUCUUGGAUAUAGCUAAUAGAAGUUUGGACAAUGAAGCCUCUAAAUUAUUAGCUGACCUGAGAGACGAGCGACUACCGAAUAAAAUCGAGAGUACAAAUUUGCAGAGAUACACAGUGGAAUGGAUCGGAAGAGAGGGUCUGGAUCCUGAGACCCAUAGUGAAUAUCUUCAGCACUUUAUAACUCAUUUCUACAGAAACAUAGUGAAACUCGUAGACCGUGCUAUGAGAAAAGAAGACAGUUCUGCGCAGGGACAAAUAAUAACUGAGAUUUUGCAACAUUUGCAUGCUUGCAAUAAUUCUGUAAAAGUAUUUUACGGACGCGAAGAUACUUUGGAGAGGAUAAAUCACAUGCUAGGCAACAGCGAUAAACCACUAGUAUUGUAUGGGGAAGGUGGAUGCGGCAAGACUUCUUUGUUGGCAAAGAGCGCCGGUUUAACGAGCAGCAUCUGGCUCAGGCAAAAACCGAUCAGUAUAAUUCGUUUUCUUGGUACCACCCCCGACAGCAGCGCGCUUACCCCUACAUUGAUCUCAAUCUGUCAGCAAAUCUCCUAUAAUUAUGGAUUGUCGUUUGAAGAGAUUCCUGACGAUCUGGUACCGCUUACAGCUUAUUUCAAAUAUUUGUUGACUUUAGCUACCACUAAACAGCCUAUUCUGUUGUUUCUGGAUAGUGUUGAUCAAUUGACAGGUGUACAGGGUAAUAAAUUAUCAUGGUUGCCUACGAGAUUACCACCAAACUGCAAGAUGAUUUUAUCAUGUGCAGCAGAGGAAUCUAAUCCUGUGAUUUCCAGAGAUUAUCAGUUGCUACGCAGGAUGAUAGAUACGGAAGAAAGUUUCAUCGAAGUAACUGCCUUGGGCGAAGAUCUGGCUAUGGAUGUGAUAAGAAUGUGGAUGAAAACAGCCAGGAGGGAUCUAAAUAACUAUCAAUGGCGUCUAGUAGCGAACGCUAUAUCAAAGUGUUCCUUGCCGAUCUUCGUGAAACUCGUGUUUGCGGAGAUUUGCAGGUGGCGUAGCUACACGAAACCAGCGGACACGCAUUUGGCCAGCACAGUAAUGGACAGUAUAAUGAUGCUAUUCGAAAGGAUCGAGAAACAACAUGGCAAGAUCUUGGUCUUUCACGCCUUAGCCUAUAUCACGGCCGCUAAAUCGGGUUUAUCGGAAUCCGAGCUCGAGGAUCUGAUCUCCUUGGAUGAUAAAGUCCUGGACGACGUCUAUCAGUACCAUUUGCCACCUGUCAGACGUAUUCCGCCUCUGCUCUGGACUAGAAUAAGAAAUGAUUUACCUAAUUAUCUGAGCGAGAGAGAAGCGGAUGGUGUGAGCGUUAUGAACUGGUACCACAGACAAUUCAGGGAUACGGCUAAGGAACGUUAUUUCAAGAACAUGAACAUGGCGUUGUAUUUUCAUUCGAUGAUCGCGGAUUAUUAUCUGGGAAUUUGGGGAGGCGGCAAACCGAAGCCUUUCAAGUACACUGAGAUACAGAGACAUCGAUUUAAUUUGCAAGACAAAGAAGGUGUAGCCGACAGGAAAGUACCGGAACAGCCAUUAGCGUUUUAUUCAAAGGAAGGAACUAUCUCGAGAUACAACUUACGAAAGUUUGGCGAGUUACCGUUUCAUCUAGUAAGGGCACGACGCUUUAAAGAUCUUUUUGAGAAUGUUUUGUUCAAUUAUGAAUGGCUGCACGCUAAGCUGAGCUCUUGCCCCUUGCAAGCUGUGCUUUCUGAUUUUGAAGAUGCCUGUAAUUUUAUCGAUGAUCAAAGUUUAGUGAGAGAACUGAUGCUAGUUGCUGAUGCCCUGAGAUUAGGUGGUGCGAUUCUGGGAAAUCAUCCAGACAUGCUUGCACCCCAAUUGAUUGGACGAUUGUUGCCGGAAAUUGGCGCAAAUGUUAAUGUAAGGAUGCUACUACGAGCAUGCGACCAAGACGGCGUCAAGAAUUGCGCUUUACUUCCUCUUUAUCACUGUCUGCAUACACCCGGUGGACCAUUGAAAUAUUCGUUGGAAGGCCAUCAGUUUGCGGUAUUUGGAUUUUGUCUAACAUCGGAUUAUCGCUACAUAGUAUCGAUAUCCAAUAAAUUUAUCACUUGGGAUUUAAGUACUAGCGAUAUGACGAGGGAUGUCAAUCCUGGGGUGGAAGGUAUAAUGCAACGAUUGGUUUUAAGUCCCGAUAACAGAUACGCUGCAGCUUUUACAACCAAUUAUCAGAGUGUCGUUUUGAAUACAUUAACGAGUGAAUUUGUCGUCAUUGAUAAUCCUUUACCAAACGGGGAUGCAGUGUGUGGAGUACAUCUGAUGAAUCAGUACGCCUUUAUUUAUGGAAAACUAGGUUGGUGCAGAUUCGAUCUGCGAGGAAACCUACUCAACACUCACAGCAAUCCCGAGGAUUCCAAUAAAUGGCCGAUUUUGCACGUUGAGUAUACGAAUUUGGAUCACUAUGAGAUCAUAUUCUGGUCGAGGAGUCUUGAUGACUCGCGUAUGCUUUUGCACACUUAUAAAAAGAAGACUUAUGUUCAAAAAAAGAUCGUAACAGCAGUAAAAUGUUUCAGCGCUAUGGUUAUGACGAAGGACAAAGGUACUUUGUAUGCAUGUACGAACAAGGAUGAUUACAGAGUCGUAAAGUAUAUUAGCGACGAGACCUCGUCUUAUUGGGAAAAGGUUUUCGAUAUGCCGCGGGCAUACAACGAUGAUGUGGAAUAUGUAUUGCAGUUAAAGUUGGACAGGGAAGAGGAGAUGUUGUUAGCGACAACCGGAAAUGGAUUUAUUGUGUGGUUCCUGGAAAGCAAAAGCGAUGCUCACGUAUUGAUGUUGCCGAACGGAGUAAGAAACAUUAGUACGAGAAUGAUGUGCUCGAACUCUGUCAUGGUCAGCGGCACCAAGAAUUAUGCUGUCGCUGGCGUAAGGAAAAAUUUGUACGUUUGGUCGCUCGAGACGUCUGAUUUGGUAAAGAUAUUAGACGCGCACUUUGCAAGAAUCAUCCAAUUGGAAGCAUUGACUGUCGGAAAUUGGAACAGCGUUGUAACGUCGAGUAUCGAUAGAAGCGUCAAAGUGUGGAACAUCAACAAUAUCUUUGAACAGGUUCAUGUCAUCGAUAGACACGAAUUACAAAUAGAUAUGAUAAGUUUAGCCGAACAGGGUAAUUUGGCUGUUACGGUCACCAGAGAUUGCGCAGGUAUUUGGGAUCUGCAAACAGGCAAAUUAAUGUCAAAACUAGCAGAUAGUCCAUUAGGAGCAAUUGUUACACAUGCUUGCAUUACACAAGACAGCAGAUAUAUCAUAUCGAUGGAAUCAGGUAACGUUCUCGUGUGGAACAGAAUUACGGAGCAAGUAUUGUUCAAGGAAAAGCAACCGAAUGUUAAACAGUUAACGCUGAUAGAAAAUUCGUCAAAGUUCUUAGCCGUCUCGAGGCCCAACAAUCCUGUGGGAGUGGAAAGCGUGCGAACUACGGCGAUUCUUGUAAUAAGAAGUAUUCCUGAUGGCAAAACGAUCUUCUCUUUCGAGUAUCCUGUAAGAAGUAAUACCGGCACACCUUUUCGACAAGUUGUGAUAACAUCAGAUGAUGCUUUUUUGGCGGUACCAGCGGCUGACAAGGGCAACAGAGAUUGUGUUAUAAUUUACAGCGCUAAAACAGGAGCUUUGAUCAAUAAAAUACCCAUAAAAUUGCCUGGAUUUAAGGAUAUCAUAUGUAUUACUCCUAUGCCUAACAAACCACAAUGGAUAGGAAUUAUUGGCUCUGAUAAGGGUACAAUUCUCGAUAUUAACAAAAAAAAGAUUAUACGUACAAUUCCAAAAUGGAGUGGAAAUAUUAGCAAGGAUGGCAAAUAUACUUUAUAUGCUCCUAGCAGAGGUGGCCUCGAACUCAUAGAGUUAAAGAAAGGUACAACUGUGAAAACAUACAUAUCCAAAGUAGCUGAAGGAGUAUUCACUGUUAUAUCAAUGUUUAAUCGUACAGACGAGUAUGUGCUUUACUAUCAUAGUGGUCGAAAAACUAUUAGAGUUUUCAGAUCUUCAGAUUGUGAAAUGGUAGCAAAUUACAGAGUGCAGGCUGAGCUAAGUGCUAUCGAUAGUACUCAUGAUGGUAAAAGCAUUGUUCUGGGAACAGUUGAUGGUUGCGUGUCGGUAUUGGCAAUAGCUGAUCCUAAGAAACCUGAGAUGAGAGAAUAUCUUGCAAACGUGCCGUCUCGAGACGAGCAGUGGAAGAGGAAAACCGAGAAGCACCGAGCUGCGAUAAAAUUCAAGGCGGCCGCCCGGAUCGCCCGGGUUACUCACGAUUUAUCCGUAAGCGUGAGAUCGACGAACGGCGCUUCGGAAACGAUCGAAGAAGCGAGCGAGAAUAUGGAGUAAUUUAUUUGAGCAAUUAUAUGUAUAGUCUCCGAUUGACACAUGAUGUGUGAUAUUUUGUAGUUAAUUGUAGCCGUCCACUUUUCUUGUCUGUUCAGCGCUGAAUCAUGAAAAGCAAGCUUUUGAUCUUUUAACACGAUAUUCAACGACUCUGUUUAUCUACGACACAAUAUCUCUGUAAUUAUAAUGGACCGCUUAAUAAAGGAAAGGCGACACGCA